CUUGAUAAACUAAUUGUAUAUUCAAGUAGUCAAGAACCAGAAUGGAAAGGCUAUGUAUUGUCAGUGAUUUUAUUCUCUCUGGAAAUUUUACAAUCACUUUUCAACAACACUUCAUUCUUCAUAUCCAUGCUUUUGGCAAUGAGAAUUAGAGGGUUGUUGACAUCAUUUGUAUUUCGCAAGACGCUGACCCUUAGCAAUGCCUGCCGUCAAACAUUCUCCAUGGGGCAAAUUGUGAACACUAUGUCUAUUGAUUGUUCGCGCUUUCAAGAAGCAAUUCCUUUCCUCUAUGUAAUGAUCUCCUCACCAAUCCAGAUUUCUCUGUCCCUUUAUUUACUUUAUCAACAACUUGGAGCUUCAGCUUUUGCUGGACUUGUUCUACUCCUGUUGUUUCUCCCAGUCAAUGGUAUUUUGAUGGGGAAAAUUAAAAUGUACCAGGCACAACAGAUGAAAAGUAAAGACAUCCGUAUCAAAUUAAUGAAUGAAAUUCUUAAUGGAAUCAAGGUAAUCAAAUUGUAUGCCUGGGAAGAGUCACUUCAAAAGAAAAUCAAUGAGAUACGAAAUAAAGAAAUAUCACUGCUUCGUAAAGCAGCAUAUGUUACAUCUAUCAGUACAUUUUUAAGUACAAUAACUCCAUUUAUGGUUACCUUUGUCACUUUUGCAACAUACACUCUAUCCUCUACCAGUCACCCUCUUACUGCACAGAAGGCUUUUGUUUCACUUUCUUUGUUUAACAUACUUCGUGCUCCGAUAGAAUUGGUUCCAUUGUUUAUGUCACAGACAAUGCAGCUCACUGUAGCAAUGAAACGACUUAACAUAUGUUUGAACAGUCCUGACUUGUCUUCAGAUUAUGUGAAAUAUGUAACAAGAAGUGAUUUUGCUAUUGCUGUGAAAGAUGGAACAUUUUCUUGGAAUGUAGAGAAUGAAGACAGUUUCAUCUUGAAGGAGUAAGUUUUCUUUUUCAUAAUUCAAGCAUCCUGUGAAACCAACC